AUGACCAUCUCGAUAGCGCCAACCACCCUAUCUUCCAUUCGGUUAUCAGCUGAAAAACGAGAUUCCUCCACCUCAAAUCUCCCGGAAAAUAUUGAAGAAGAAGAGCAAGAAGACACUCAAUCAGUGAGCUCAUCGGAUUCUGGAGUCUCCGCAGACUCUGACCAUGGACACGGUCACUCGCAUAGUCAUGGAGGAGGACAUGGACACUCUCAUGGGGAUGGAAAAGGACAUGGACACUCACACAGUGAUAUAUCUUCCAGUUGUAGUGGAGGAGGUGGAGGGAAUAAGAAUGAUGAGAAAUAUUUAAAGGGACGCCGUGCAGAAAAAGUGUUAUGGGCCGUCGCCGCACUAUCCGCCGUCUUCAUCGCCGCCGAAUUCGUCGGUGGAUUCUGGGCUCAAUCCCUCGCAAUCAUGACGGAUGCAGGACAUAUGUUGAGUGAUCUACUCUCUUUCAUCAUCUCCAUCUUCGCCAUUCGAUGCGCCCGUCUUCCCGCAUCAAAACGUCUUUCGUUCGGAUACGAGAGAGCUGAAGUACUCGGAGCACUGACUUCAGUCAUCAUUCUAUGGGUGUUGACUACGGUACUUGUCGUCGUGGCGAUCCAAAGAAUAGUGAACAAUGAGCAUGAUGUGGAUGCAGAUAUUAUGCUGAUUACGGCAGGAGUUGGAGUUGGAUUCAAUAUUAUCAUGGGAUUGGUUCUCCAUUUCGGAACGAAUGGUCAUGGACACACUCAUGGGGGACAUUCGAGUCAUGGACAUACCCACGACGGAAAGAAUGUUAAUGUACGGGCGGCUCUUAUCCAUGUCAUUGGAGACUUGGUCCAAUCGAUUGGUGUCUUGAUUGCUGCCAUUAUCAUCAAAUUCACCGGAUGGACACUCGCUGAUCCCAUCUGCACUUUCCUCUUCUCUAUUAUCGUCUUGUUCACAACGAUUACUGUAAUGAGGGAUAUUUUCUUUGUGCUGAUGGAAGCCACGCCCCCUCACUUUGACUUGAAUGAUAUCAAGAAGGCGUUGUUCGGAUUGACGGGAGUUCAGGGUGUUCAUGAUCUGCAUUUAUGGUCGAUUGGAAUGGAUAAGACGGCGUUUUCGGUGCAUUUGUCAAUUGAAUCCGCCGACCGUGCUCUGGAGACCGUCGCCGAAGCGCGUUCGCUCGUCCGUCGCCAGUUCGGAGUUUCCAGUGCGACGAUUCAAGUCGAACAACACGGAACAGACAUCGAGGCGUGUGAUACGUGUAUUCAACAGGAAACUGUCUAA